CGGGAAAAAAAAAAAAAAUUCUCUGGCAGAGACAGUCCCUUAGGUCUUCUAAUGUCUCUGAGCAAAAGGGGAAGAGACCCUGCAACUGAGUCUCCAAACCUCCAUGAGCGGACACUAAACUCAGUUAACCCAUCAAAGAAUACGAGGUGAGGAACUUUACCAGAGACCUUUUGUAUUCAUUUCUAUCAAGUUUGUAUCUUUUCUAGACAUACAAUAUCAGGCUAACCAUGAGCCAUCUAUAUAAACUUAGAACAAUUCCUAUUCUCAAAUGGGUUUCUUUGAAUUCUACUGAUAGCUACAAAAUCCUAUUUUGGCCUGGAGGGUCGUUAUUCUGCAGUAACCCUAGGUUUUAUAGGACGAAAAGAGUAGUUCUUUCUGAAAAUGGAAAUAAUUUGGAUGAAACUUUGACAGAUGAUCGCAAAAUCUCUGAUUACACUAGGAAAAAUGCUCAGGCUGCACUGUUAGAAUACUUGCAUUCCACUAGAAGCUUACAGUUUAUGGAUGCAGAGCAUAUAAGUAAAAACUCACCAAAUUUUCUUAAAAAGCUAUUGCAGAAGGUUGAUACUGAGGCAGAUGUUGGGCGGUCUGUUACUCGUUUCUUGCGUUAUCAUCCUAUUAAUGAAUUUGAGCCUUUCUUUGAAAGUUCAGGUUUAAGACCACAUGAGUAUACGCCUCUUCUUCAGCGUGAUUUAAUGUUUUUGAGUGAUGAUGAUUUGCUGCUAGAGAAUUAUCAUAUUUUGUGUAACUAUGGGAUUCCUAGAAAUAAGAUGGGAAAGGUUUAUAAGGAAGCAGGAGAAAUUUUUCGGUAUGAUUAUGGGGCCUUAGCAAUGAAACUUAAAGCUUAUGAAGAACUGGGCUUGGACCGGUCUUUUAUGGCUAAAAUGAUUGUUUUUUUCCCGUCUCUUUUGAUUGGGGAUGUGAAUGUAGACUUUAUUGAGUCGUUGGAGAUAUUGAGGAAAGGGGGAAUUAAAUUACAUUGGAUUGAGGAGCAUUUGUCUGAGAAUAGUUCUUAUAACUGGAGCCAUUUGCAUGCUACUCUAUACUUAUUUAGCAAGACAGGUUACAGUUACGAACAGAUAGGUGUGCUGAUAAGCCAACAUCCGGGGAUUAUUUUUGAGGGUUCGGGGGAUAGGACAUUAUCACUAGUUGGGUUUCUAUUUAAAUUUGGUUCCUCAAUGCAACAGAUAACUUCCUUGUUUCUACAGUUUCCAAAAAUGCAAGUUGGGAAGUUUCUUAUGAAUUUAAGGCAAUGCUUUCUGUUCCUGACUGAGGUUGAGAUGGAGGUAAUGGAGAUUGGUAAGAUUAUGCAGACUCAUUCGCUUUUUAUGGGUUCAUGUAAAUUGAAGAAAACCAAUAGCUUGCUUUCUGCUCUGAGCGUUGGAAAGAAGAGAAUUUGCAAUAUCAUCCUGCAGAACCCUCAAGAAAUGAAGAACUGGGUAAUGGGAUCAAAAGUUGGACCUUUGCCAAAAUCAGGGGAGAGGCAAAGAUCAAAAAUGCUGAAGACUAAGUUCCUGUCCGACUUGGGAUUUGUGGAGAACUCGAAGGAAAUGGAAAAAGCACUCAAGGUUUUCCGAGGCAGAGGAGCAGAGCUCCAGGAGAGAUUUGAUUGCAUCAUGCAAGCUGGUUUGGAUAAGAAGGAUGUUUGUGAAAUGAUUAGAAUAUACCCUCAAAUUCUUAAUCAGACAAAAGAGGUAAUCAAGAUGAAGAUUGACUUUUUGGUAAAUGAUUUGGGUUAUCCCAUAUCAUCAUUAGUCGCAUUUCCUGCAUUUCUGUGUUAUACAAUACCGACUCUAAGUCUUAGGUUAGAAAUGUACGAUUGGCUCAAAGAUCAAGGAAAAGUUGACUCCAUGCUUUCCUUGAGCACGGUAAUUGGGAUCUCAGAAAAAUUAUUUGUCAAGCGGUAUGUAGAACUUCAUCCUAGAGGCUCUGAAGUAUGGCAGGAGUUGAAGAAAAAAUUUGGUUCUGAAAAUAAGCUCUGACGCCUGACUUGUCCUAUUGUGAUUUCUGCCUCCGGUGGAGAAGAUGUGAAGAACUUUGAUUCUGUAUCCUCUGCUGGCUGGAAACCUGUUGAUAACUUGUAUGCUGAAGACAAUUUUGCUCUGAUUGGCCAACAGAAAAUGGAACAUUUAAAGCAAGGCAGAUUUAUAACCACGAAAUCUUAGUUCGCUUGUUUUCUGCAUUAUGUCAGCUUCAGCGCUUACUGUGCAAAAUUGUCCAUUAUACUUUAAGCACUUAGUAACUGCAUCAAUUAACUGUAUUGAAAAUAUUUAACAUAAUAGCAUAUCCAUUUAGAAUUUACUAGAUUCUCGUAUCUCAUCUUCAAUAUUUUUCCUUGUGGAGGAGUUUCCAUUCUUUUUGGAAAAUGUAUGUUCUACAUACUAAGUGUACAAAUUAGUUCUGCUCCCUAGGAAGGCCAUUGCUUCCUAUUUAUCAUGGAAGAUUUUGUUGAUUGCUAAAUCAGUGAUUGAAGAUAUGGAAUGGUAUCGAUCUUAUUUGCAAUUUUGCACUCUACUUUUGAUAAAUGUUCUUUAAAAUUAGCUAUUGUUUCCAGGUUGUUGUAUAUCAAACAAUACAGCUGAUACAAGAAUGAGAAACAUGAUAUGUAUAAGAUGAGAAGGCAUGUUGAAGUAGACUUACUCCUCUUGUGUGGAUAAAUGAUACUCUCUCUAUUCCAUAAUUUUUGUCCAUCUUUCUUUUCUUGGUGGUUCUAGAAUGCUGCCCUUCUUCUUGGAGCCCAGAGAGGGGGCCUCAGCAGGGGAGAGUGGCCGAGUGGUCAAAAGCGACGGACAGUAAAUCUGUUGAAGUUUUUCUACGUAGGUUCUGGAUUCAAACAUGACAAAGCCUUGAAAAAUUCCUCAACAGAGAUUAUCUUUUAGUGUAGAUUUUCAUGAAGUACUAUGUGAGAAAUGGAAGAUUUGUGUUUUCAGUCAUCACUGUUGUUUCUGACAUCAACUUGCCAACAAGCACACAUAAGGUUGCUUCAAGGAGCAUAACAGCAAGCUUGCCAACGGAACUCUUGAACUUUGCCUUUUUUCAGCUGCUCUGAAAUUUCUCCAAGUACUCAUGGACCAGAAGAAGGCUGCAUUUUUUGGAGGAAGCCUUCAAGCCAGCAGCAGGUGGUCAAUGACAGAGAUGAAUCAUAUCUGCCCUCAAUUUGUGAGCACAUUGCAAAAGAAAAAGACAUGAAGAAUUGAAAACUGCAAAGUCACUGCGGGUUAACAGGUCAGAUUUUACUACAAUUACUUGAAAUGCGAUUAGAUAACAUCCCUUCUUUCGAUUGGGUAUGGUUGUCAAGCGAGGAAGUUGAGCCUCUGUCUGAUUAUUUUGUUUUGAAGGUUUAUCAUCUAUGUUUACAAGUGUUGUUUGAUAACAGUUGUAUUUUUUAGCCUAUACUUAUUGACAGUCGUGCUCCUCUUUUAUGUAUUUUUGCGGGUCAAUUACCUUUUAGUCCCUA